ACGGAUUUGUUUUGUUUACUUUUCUUUUCUCUGUACACACUCUUUCUCGCUCUAAUCAAUCAAUUCUUCAAUUAUAUCAACUCUGAGAAAAACAAAUCAACAGAGGUAUUAGAAGAUUUAGCGAAGAUUCAACACUCAAAAACAAGUCUCGGAUUUCAAGAAUCAAAUUCAUUUUCGCGAAUCUGCAUCAAUUCUUCAACUCAAGAGUUCAAAGCAUAGAAUUCGCCCAUUUGUGUCUCUUCUAGCUUUGAUUUUAGACCGUAUCGUUAGCCAAAGAGAAGCAACAAAGUUGUUUGCGGGAAUGAGCUUGUUUCCGAACGGUUAUUAAUGUGGAAGUUAGAGCAAAUGGGGAUUUUUGAUGGAUUACCAGUUCCUCCUGAUAAAGAGUAUUUGAGGGACGAGCUUUCAAGGAUUGAUGAGAGUUGGGCUGCAGCUACUUCACGCUUUGACUCAUUGCCUCAUGUUGUACAUAUUUUGACAUCUAAAGAUCGUGAAGGUGAAGUCCGAAUUUUGAAGGAACAAAGCGAUGUUGUUGAGGAGGUUGUGGAUGAAGUUGUGCAUGCUUAUCAUGGUGGCUUCAACAAAGCAAUUCAAAAUUAUUCUCAGAUCUUGCGUCUAUUUAGUGAAUCUGCAGAAAGUAUUUCUACACUAAAGGUUGAUUUGGCUGAAGCAAAGAAGCGCCUUGGUGCCCGAAGCAAGCAGUUGCAUCAGUUAUGGUAUCGGUCUGUUACGUUGCGGCAUAUAAUCUCAGUUUUAGAUCAAAUUGAGAGCAUAGCUAAGGUUCCUUCUCGUAUUGAGAAACUCAUCGCUGAAAAGCAGUUCUAUGCAGCAGUUCAAGUACAUGUCCAGUCAGCACUGAUGCUUGAGCGAGAGGGUCUUCAAACAGUCGGCGCUCUUCAAGAUGUUCGAUCUGAGCUGACAAAGUUGCGAGGAGUUCUCUUCUAUAAAAUUUUGGAGGAUUUGCAUGCACAUCUUUACAACAAAGGAGAAUAUAGCUCAGUUGCCUCAAGCUUGAAUGAGAGAGAUGAUGAAUUGCCAACCACCACAGCUGUUGCAUUUACAAUGAGUAACUCACAAUCACUGUCUCGCAGAACUAGAUUAAUGAAAGGUGACAAUCAUGGAUUGAUGGACGGAUCAUACAAAGCAGGUUCUGUUGAUGGAGUUUCAUCAUUUGAUGGCCAUGAUGAGGAGGGUACUUUAGAAGCACAUGAUGAUGCAAACUUGGAUGGACAUGGAACAAUGAGGGUAAAUGGCAGUGAUGGCAAAGUACCCCGUUGGCUUUCAAAUUCAACUCCUGAUGAAUUUAUUGAAACAAUUAAAAAGAGUGAUGCUCCACUUCAUGUGAAGUAUUUGCAGACAAUGGUUGAGUGCCUCUGCAUGCUAGGCAAAGUUGCAGCUGCCGGUGCAAUGAUAUGCCAGAGAUUGCGACCCACAAUUCAUGACAUUAUCACUUCAAAGAUAAAAGCUCAUGCCGAGCUGGUCAACUCUUCAAGGUCUGGUAUUUGUCAGCCUGCCCAAACUGCUACCUCAGGUCUUCAUUAUGUGAAAGGACAGUUAGAAAGCUAUCAGUUGCCGAAAAAGAAGCGUCAGAAUGGGAUACCCUUGUCAGCAACUUUAUUGUCAGUAAGCCCUGUAUCACCAGUGAUGGCUCCUGCAGGAAAAGCACAGGCUGCUACAAAGGAGCUUCUUGAUUCAAUUUUGGACACUGUAGUUCGAAUAUUUGAAAAUCAUGUUGUGGUUGGAGAGUUGCUGGAGUUGAAAUCUGCUCAGAAUGUUGAGAUGAACACACCAAAGUCAAUGGCAACAGAUGUAAAUUGGAACCCUGACUCUGAAUCAUCUCAAGUUACUGGAGGCUACAGCAUUGGCUCUUCCUUGACGGUUUUGCAGAGUGAAUGCCAACAACUUAUAUGUGAAAUUCUGCGAGCAACUCCUGAAGCUGCAUCUGCAGAUGCUGCUGUUCAAACUGCUAGACUUGCAAGCAAGGUUCCUUCCAAGGAAAAGAAGGAUGGUUCAGAAGAUGGUCUUAGCUUUGCUUUUCGGUUCACAGAUGCUAGUGUAUCGGUUCAUAACCAGGAUGUUGAUCUCAUUCGCCAAGGCUGGAGUAGGAAGGGUCCAAAUGUCUUACAAGAAGGUUAUGGGUCUGCUACUGUUUUGCCUGAGCAAGGCUUAUAUCUAGCAGCGUCUGUAUACCGGCCCGUCGUUCAGUUUACAGAUAAGGUUGCUUCAAUGCUGCCAAAAAAGUAUUCACAACUCGGAAACGAUGGAUUGCUAGCAUUUAUGGAGAACUUUAUAAAGGACCACUUUCUUCCAACUAUGUUUGUGGACUACCGGAAGGGUGUUCAGCAAGCCAUAUCAAGUCCUGCUGCAUUUCGCCCAAGGGCACACACUGCUACUGCUUAUACUUCUUCAAUUGAGAAGGGUCGACCUGUAUUGCAGGGACUUUUGGCAAUAGAUUUCUUGGCAAAAGAGGUUCUUGGUUGGGCCCAAGCAAUGCCAAAAUUUUCUAGUGACGUUGUGAAAUAUGUGCAAACUUUCCUUGAACGAACAUAUGAAAGAUGCCGGACAUCAUACAUGGAGGCAGUUCUUGAGAAGCAGAGCUACAUGUUGAUUGGAAGGCACGAUAUUGAGAAAUUGAUGCGACUUGAUCCAGCAAGCUCACGUUUGCCUAAUUCACUUGGUCAGUCAGAUAUGGUGAAUGAUGCAUCAGAUGCUGAAUCUUCUGAGAUUGAAUUGGAACUGAGUGAGUUGUUCUUGAAUUUGCGGCCUAUCAAGCAGGAAAAUCUAAUUCGCGAUGAUAACAAACUAAUUUUGCUAGCAUCCCUUAGUGAUUCAUUGGAAUAUGUUGCAGAUUCAAUUCAAAGGCUUGAGCAAACAACCCUAAUAACAUCAAAUAAGGGCAAGAAUCUUGCAGCAUUUGCAGAAGACUAUAGAAAACUGGCAAUUGACUGCCUGAAGGUUUUGCGUGUAGAGAUGCAGUUGGAAACUAUUUUCCAUAUGCAGGAAAUGACAAACAGAGAGUACUUGGAAGACCAAGAUGCAGAAGAACCAGAUGACUUCAUCAUUUCACUCACUGCACAGAUAACACGUAGAGAUGAGGAAAUGGCACCUUUUGUUGCACCGAUAAAGCGAACUUACAUAUUUGGUGGAAUUUGCAGUAUUGCUGCAAGUGCAUCUAUCAAGGCUUUGGCUGACAUGAAAUCAAUUAACCUUUUUGGGGUGCAACAGAUAUGUCGAAAUUCAAUUGCAUUAGAACAGGCCCUCGCAGCUAUUCCAUCAAUUGAUAGUGAAUUUGUACAGCAAAGAUUAGAUCAUGUCCGAACCUAUUAUGAACUAUUAAAUAUGCCAUUUGAGGCCUUGCUUGCUUUCAUCACAGAGCAUGAGAACAUGUUUACACCAACAGAGUUCGGGAAUCUUUUAAAGAUCAACGUCCCAGGAAGGGAAAUGCCUGUAGAUGCACAAGACAGAGUAGCGGACAUCUUACCUCUUUAGCUUUUUUUAAUUUUUGAUUUGUAUGUAAAAACGUGGUUCGUCAUGGAUGUGGUGCCAGCGUGAAUAUGUAGGAUUGGUUUCAUUUUCUAGACGGCUUUAAUUAGAUGCAGAAGCCAUUUCCAUGAAAUUCAGCUGCCUAGCACGUGUCGCAAGUGAAUUUUUGCCGUAUAUUGUAGAUGUAAUGAUCUUUUGUUGUCAUUUUUUUGUCUAGUGUGAUUAUCUUUCUUUCGGUUUUGUGAGAGGUUUGGUCAAUGUUGUUGAGAGAUGAUGAUAAUGCGUUGUAAGCUUCUUGCUAUUCCCUUCUAAAUCAUUCUUUCAGAUUCAUGCGAGUGUCAGUUUCUCUCAUGUUUCUAUUUUGGACAAAAA